CGUGCUCUAAACACUUCAACCUUCGAGCCUUAACAUUUCGAGCCAAAUAUGACGAAAGCUUAGUGAAUUUCCCACCCAUUGGUUCAAUCCGUUGGUCUUGGCAAGGUCUGAUCUAUUUGGAAAAAAGAAAGGGAAAAAAAGAUAAUCUAAUAAACACGAAGAAUAACCAGACCUUUGCCAUCACCUAACGUAUUUGAGCCUCGGGUUGCUUUCGUCUCGAGUGAUAUCCUUGGCUCGUCCUAUCAAAGUGUUGAAGUCCUUGUUUUUCCCUACAGGUUUUUCUAUCAAUAAUACUUUGUUUGUUUGUUAUAACAACCGUCGUGUGAUUGACCGUGAUUAUUCGACCGGAAAGAAAAAAAAGAAAAUGGAGGCGAAGAGGCUGUCGAUCUGGGUCGUGGCUGUGUGCUUGGCGGUUCUCGUGCCGGGCCUUUGGGCACACUCGGCAAACUUUGAGCUGGAUGACUACUGGCAUCAGAAGUCUAAGGAAGCCGAGUACCAUGCCCUUGCGGCAUACCAUCCCGAGCCCGAGGCAGUUACCGAUGACUUCAACUACCAUGUUCACAUGGCUCUCGAGGGGACCAACACUACAAGAAGAGCGUUGGGUAAGUAUGUUGGCAAAUGUAUGGUGACAAACCCGAUCGACAAAUGCUGGAGAUGCAAGAAGAACUGGGCUCAGAGGCGCAAGAGGUUGGCGAAAUGUGCUCGCGGGUUCGGCCGGAACACCACCGGAGGAGCGAGUGGGAGGUACUACGUCGUGUAUGACCCAUCGGAUAAUGAUAUGCUGAACCCGAAGCCUGGGACUCUUCGCCAUGCAGUGAUCCAGAAGGAGCCACUGUGGAUCAUAUUCGCCGGAAGCAUGAUUAUCAGGCUGAAGCAGGAGCUUAUGAUAACCAACGACAAGACGAUAGAUGGACGUGGAGCCAAUGUCCGCAUCGCUUAUGGGGCUGGCAUCACCAUACAGUUCGCAAGGAACGUGAUCAUACAUGGACUGGGCAUCCACAACAUUCAUCCGGCCGAUGGAGGCCUUAUAAGGGAUUCCGUCGACCACUUUGGGAUCAGGACAAGGAGUGAUGGGGACGGCAUCACUGUCUUCGGUUCCUCAUUAGUCUGGCUCGAUCAUCUCUCCAUGAGGGAAUGCGCAGAUGGCCUGAUCGAUGUGGUUGCCGGGUCCACCGCCGUCACCAUUUCCAACGGCCACUUCACCAAACAUAACGAUGUGAUGCUCUUUGGUGCGACCGACCUCAACGACGGGGACAAGAUAAUGCAAGUAACAGUUGCAUUCAACCACUUCGGAAAAGGACUGAUCCAGCGGAUGCCGAGAUGCCGAUGGGGUUUCUUCCACGUCGUGAACAACGACUACACUCACUGGCUCAUGUAUGCCAUAGGUGGUAGCUCAAAGCCGACGAUCAUCAGCCAGGGCAACCGCUUCAUCGCUCCACCCAACAUGGCCGCAAAGGAGGUGACGAAGAGGGACUAUGCCUCACCGGCAGAAUGGAAGCAAUGGACAUGGAAGUCAGAGGGAGACCUGAUGAUGAACGGAGCAUUCUUCGUCGAGUCGGGACCGCAGCUCCAAAUGAAGCCAAAGAGGAAGUUCAUGAUCAAGCCUAAGCCGGCUUUUGCUGUGACGUGGAUGACUCGGUUUGCCGGCACUCUCAAUUGCAAGUCGAGGAGGAAAUGCUAAAUAUAAAUAAAUUCCUCCAACAAAAGGAAAAAAAAAUAAUCAUGAAAUUGUGGGUGGAAAAAAAAAAGAGCAAAAGGGAUUGGUACGUACCGAUGAUCAUUUAUGUAUGAAUAAAAUGAGAUGGGGGGAUAGGCUUGAAAAGCGCAACAUUCCAGUGUAUUGACUGAAGGUUCUUAUACAAUGUAAUUGGUUUGUUGUUAAAAAAUUUUUGGGUGAAUUUUGUUGU